AAGAAAACCAGAGAAUAUUCACCUCUGCCCUCGUCUUCAGCUAGAUCUCGCUCUCUCGCUUCCCCUGCAUCUGCAAAGAUUUGUUUUUUCCUAUUAAUUUUCUGGUUUUGGGUUUUUGUUUUUGGAUGGGCAGUCCCACUCUCACUCUCAUUCCUAUUCCUUGCUGCUCAUCAAAGCAACGGCUCUGAUUCAGAAUAUUUCGCUUUGGAUGCAAUCAAAGCCCCCACCGCUCACAACAAGUCACCUGCAAUCUCUCUGAGAAGUUAUUUUUUAAUACCCACCGGGAAAAAAAAGAAGAAAGAGUUGGGAGGGAGGCUUCAAAUACUCUCUCUCUUUCUCUUGAGAUGGCUUGUAAAAACCAGAACAAGCCACCACUCAAGUCCAUGCCCAUUUCUGCUACUCUGCCUUCUUCACGUAGGAAGUCUAUUGGAGGCCAUGAGCUGAGUUCAGAUAGAAGGUGUAGUAAGCUUGGAGCUGACAAAAUGGUUGGAACAGCAAAUGUUAGUGGGAGAAUGAGGCUAGCUUUCUCCAUUGUGAAUGGAGAACAGGAGCUUGCUCCCGGUAGUGAGCCACCAAGCAAUGCUGGAUCAGAGUAUGGUGCCAACAUUGAGUUCACAAGAGAGGAUGUCGAGACUUUGUUGAGUGAGAAAAUGAGAUACAAGAGCAAGUACAACUACAAGGAGAGAUGUGAAACUAUGCUAGACUAUAUAAGGAGGUUGAGGCUUUGUAUCAGAUGGUUUCAAGAGGUGGAAGGGAAUUUUCUGUUUGAGCAGGAGAAGUUGCUAACCGCAUUGGAAUUUGCUGAGGGUAGAUGUGCUGAAUCAGAGUUGGUCUUGAAGAACAAGGACGAAGAACUGAAUUUGAUCAUUGUGGAGCUGAGAAAGAGUCUUGCUUCUUUACAAGAGAAACUCUCCAAGGAAGAAUCAGAGAGGAUGGCUGCAAUAGAUUCUCUCGCAAAAGAGAAAGAGGCCAGAACUGAAACAGAGAAGUUGCAAGCAUCCAUCUCCGAGGAACUUGGAAAGGUUCAAGGAGAGCUCCAAAGUGCGAAUCAGCGGAUAACUUCAGUUAACGACAUGUACAAGCUGUUGCAAGAGUAUAAUUCAAGUUUACAGCUAUACAAUACUAAACUUCAGACAGAUCUCGAUGCGACUCACGAAAAUCUCAAGCGUGCAGAACAAGAGAAAGUUGCUAUAGUGGAAAACCUGGGGAACCUAAGGGGUCAAUUCAAGUCUUUGCAAGAGCAGUACACAUCAUGCAAAGAAUCUGCAGACGAAGCUCUGAAGCAGAAGGAUUUGUUGGUGAGUCAAGUUGCAUCUCUAAGGGGAGAGUUGCAACAGGUGAGAGAUGAUCGAGAUCGACUAACUUUGCAAGUCCAAACUUUGACAGCUGAAGUCGCUAGUUACCAAGAGCAGUCACAAAAGACAAAUGAGUUUGAGGAGAAAUAUUUGUUACAAAACCACGAGAUAAGGACGUUGCAGUACAAAUUGGAGGCCGCUGAGAGUAGGUUAAAGGCGUCUGACAUGUCUGUGUUCGAGACAAAGACGGAGUUCGAAGCUCAAGAACAACUUGUAAAAACAUUACAAACUCGGUUGGAAGAUGCCGAACAAAAAGUUGUUGAAGGGGAGAAACUUCGAAAGAAGUUACAUAAUACAAUCUUGGAACUGAAAGGGAAUAUCCGUGUCUUUUGCCGUGUGAGGCCCUCGUUGACUGAUGAUGGACUUGGAACUGAUGGGAAGAUUCUCUCCUAUCCCAAUUCAUUAGAAGCUCUUGGACGUGCCAUUGAUUUAAAUCAAAAUGCAGGCCAAAAAUAUUCAUUUUCUUUUGACCAAGUUUUUGCACCUGAUGCAUCACAAGAGGAUGUAUUUGUGGAAAUUUCACAGCUCGUUCAAAGUGCUCUUGAUGGUUACAAGGUUUCCAUUUUUGCCUACGGGCAAACAGGAUCUGGCAAAACUUACACCAUGAUGGGGAAACCAGGGCAGCCAGAGCUAAAGGGGCUGAUUCCCCGAACGCUGGAACAAAUCUUCCAAACAAGGGAAUCCCUUAAAUUGCAGGGCUGGAAAUAUGAAAUGCAGGUGUCAAUGUUGGAGAUUUACAAUGAAACAAUUCGGGACUUGCUAUCAACCAAUCGAGAUUCAUUUCGAGAGGGUACUCCUAACGGAAAGCAAUACGCAAUCAAGCAUGACCUGAACGGGAACACAACUGUCUCUGACCUUACUGUUGUAGAUGUUCGGAGUUCUAGGGAGGUCUCAUACCUCUUGGAUCGGGCAUCUCACAGUAGGUCAGUGGGCAAGACACAGAUGAACGAGCAAUCAUCUAGAAGUCAUUUUGUUUUCACCCUGCGAAUAUCUGGCGUUAAUGAGAGCACUGAGCAACAAGUAGAGAGUGUUCUGAAUCUGAUUGAUCUUGCUGGAAGUGAGCGUCUUUCCAAGAGUGGUUCUACUGGCGACCGAUUGAAAGAAACCCAAGCAAUCAACAAAAGCUUGUCGUCACUGAGCGAUGUCAUAUUUGCCCUGGCAAAGAAGGAAGAUUUUGUACCAUAUAGGAACUCAAAGCUCACAUAUCUGCUUCAGCCAUGUCUGGGUGGCGACUCGAAGACGUUGAUGUUUGUAAAUAUAUCGCCAGAGGCAUCAUCAGCUGGCGAGUCGCUAUGCUCGCUCCGAUUCGCGUCCAGGGUCAACGCCUGUGAGAUUGGUGUUCCUCGCCGCCAGACCAACUUGCGAUCUCCAGACUUUCGCCUCAGCUUGGGUUGAAGAAUCGAGAUAUAUGGUCUGCCAACGCCACCUUCUGCACCCGAUUGCAUUGCAUUUUGCUCUGCCACUAUCAUGGACGAUUGAUGGAUUUGUUUUAGAGGAAAGUGGAGGGGGAGCAGAGUUUGUAGUAUUAAACAUUAGCUAACCAACCAUAUCAUUAGCCUGUAUAGUAGUUAGUAGUAGUAAUAGUAGAAGAAACUACUUUUGCUGCAUCUUGUGAUGUCAUUUAGACAGGGUAAUUCUUUAUUGUCACUAUUGUAUAAUGAUUGCUUGCUUUUCUCUCUUUUUGUGACUUCUGAAUCUGAUAUAAGAAGCCCAAAAUCGAAGCCCAAAAGUGAAGCCCA